UAUUCCUACACCACCACACUUACUUUUCACCCAUCCAUCUCUCAUCGUCAUCAUGAAGUCCAUCGCUGCUACUCUCGCUGUCCUCAUCGCUGCUGCGUCUACCGCCAACGCCUUCGUCAUCCAUUUCCAGAACAACUGCGGCUACACUGUAUGGCCCGCCGUCGGCAAAGCCCCCAACGGCGCACCGGACACUUCCGUUGCAUACGGUACUUCCCUCGCUGCUGGUGGCUCUGUCAGUUACACCAUUGGCGACACUGAGCUCGGCAUCCGUGCGUGGGGUCGUACCGGCUGUGCCGCCGACGGCACUGGUUGUGCUACUGGUGGCUGCAACGGUGGCUUGGUCUGCACUGACGCGGGCAUCACCUCCGGCGUCAUCCUCUCCGAAUACGGCUACGCCAACUUCGGCGCUGCCUACGGUGGCGAACGCACCUCCUGGGACUUGAGCCGCGUCGACUCCUCCAUCAACAUCAACACCAAGCUCACCUCGUCCGAUGGCCAGACCGUCACUUGUACGACGAGCUCUUGCGCCGACGAUCAGGCGUACUCUUACGCUACCGACUACGCUGCAGACCGCAACUCGGCCUUGGGCCAGACCUUCACGCACACUUUCUGCCCUUGAUUGUAGGAUCGUAGGAAGAGGUUGGGAGUACUAAUGGGGUUGAGAGAAAAGCUGUAUUUAUGCAGAUAUAUUAUUGGGAUGGGCCUUUUCGCCAGUCGUUGAUGGGGUGUUCCACUAUUGGUAUAUACUUUAAGGUCGUUUUGUAACUUCUGCACAAUAUUUCAAGGUCCUUCAAACGGACAGUAGCAUAAGUUUGGAC